AUGCAUUAAUCAUGGUUUUAGGCAUGGGUCUUCAGUUCGGGUUCACACGGUUUCAAUUUUUGGAGGAGCGUAAAAAUUAGCGCUCUUCAGAUUUUUUAAAAAUUUUGGUUCAGAUUUGUUUUUUUUUUUUUUGCUUCACAGUUUAGAUUUAGUAACACAACAUAAACUUAGUUGACCUUGUUUCAGUUAUAAUACAGGUUUCAGUUAUAUAAAUACAUGUUUAUGACUGUAAAGUAGUGAUGUCGGGUCUUAGCCCGCUGGACCAACCCAAAUGGCCUAUAUGCAGGGCGGGGUUGGUCAAUAUUUUUUCAGACCCAAAUAAUUGUGGGCCUCGCGGGACUGGACUGCAUGGAUCCACACUGAAGGGGGUUGGCACAUACAGAUCUCGUGGGGGUUUGCGGGUGACCGUCAAAUAGAUCAAUCCGACAAAGUGCAGAUCCAUUUGUUCACUUUCUUCUUCGUUUCUGAAUGCAAUAUCUUCUUCGUUUCGACUUCUAUCAUUGAUUCCAUGCUUCUUUGUUUUGAUUGCUUAUCAAAUCUCUCUCUUAUCAUCUCAAUUUAAUUUAUCGAUCAUUUUCGAUGACUUCAUUUGUGAUUCUCUUUUUCUCCUCCUCUAUAGGCUGUGUUAAAGCUCAAUUGUCACUGCAUGAUACUCUUUGAAUUGGUUGGCUAUAGCAUGAUUAUGUCGGCUGUUAAAAGUUUUUAAACGGAAGAUGAUAUAUAUUAACAAAAUUAAAAUUGAAUUCUUUUUUGGUCAACUUUUUAGUUGAGAGAUGGUUUUACAAUCUAUUUUUAAUUGAUGAGUUUUAUUAUUAAAACCCCCUAAAUUAACGCCCUAUUUUUCUUUAUGUCGGCCUUUCAAACGGCUAUAUAUGUGUUACAAUGUUUGGGUACAAGUAGAUGAUGCUUACUUGCUCUUAAGAUCUUAAGCUCAUCAUUAAGUUAUUUCAAUUGUUUUUCUUAAGCUAUCCAGUAGAGGUAACUAAUUCCUCGCCUAACAAGUCAUGUGUUAUUUAAUGUUCAAAAAUAAAAAAAGUUAAGUGUGAUUCUUACAUUACUUGACACUAGACACUUCUACACAUUUAUUGAUAUAACAUCUGCGUAUUUUACACGUAUAUUAUAUAUUACAAACUUUUGACAAAGUAUAUAUUUAAUUUUAUUCCAUGCUUUAAAAUCUUUAAAUCCAUGUGGAACCCUAGUUGUCACCUUGGUCCACAAAGACUCUUUGUUAAGUUAUCCAACAUAGUUAAUUUAUUGUCUUGCUAAUGCUAUAUGUACGUUUUCUUAUGUAAGAACUUGGCACUUUCGUUUCAAUGCACUGAAGAUGCUAUUAUCCAUGUGGACCUUAGUUGUCACCUCGGUUAAAUUAUUCAGAUUAGUCAUUGUUAAGUUAUCAAAUAGAGUCAAUCCCUUGUGUUGCUAGUUGUGUGUGUUCCUUCAGUCGACACUCAACACUUUUAAGUUAUGUGCACAGUGCACAUGUCACUUACGUGAUUUUUCCUCUUCGCUCCGACCUUGCCUCUUAUUUAUAUAGGUUGAGAUCCCUACAGUCUCUUUACUAAAAAAUGGCAUCAAUAAUCACCGGUGAAUGUCAAUAUUUCAUCUUAAUCCUCUUAUGUUUCUUCGCAUUCAUCUGUUUUUUUCUCUUCUUCACAAAACCAACACAUAGCGUCCGUUUGCCUCCGAGCCCUCCUUCUCUUCCAAUCAUCGGCCAUCUUCACCAUCUCCUCUUUUUCUUACUCUACAAGCCUUCCCUUUUCUUUUUUGAUAUUUUACCCCUCGAGUUCUUACAUACGCUCUCAUCCAAAUAUGGAACUCUCCUGCUUUUCCGAGCUUCUUUCUUCCCCUUCCUCCUUGUCUCUUCAGCCUCUGUAGCCUACGAGAUCUUUACGACCCACGACGUGAACGUUUCAUCUCGCAACCUUCCUACCAACGAGGGGUCUAUCAUCUUCGAUACGUCUGGAUUCGUUACCGCACCUUAUGGAGGAUACUUUAAGUUCAUGAAGAAACUCAUUGUUACAAAGCUGUUGGGACCCAACGCGCAAGUCCAGUCUCGAAGCAUCCGUGAAGACGAACUAGAACGGUUACGUGGGAUCCUGCUCGAUAAGGCGAGGAAGAAGGAGAGCGUUGAGAUUAACAAGGAAGCGAGGAAGCUUGUCGGAAACAUCGUUGCCAGGAUGACAAUGGGAAGGAGUUUUACAGAGGAGAACGGUGAUGUAGAGAGUAUCCAAAGUUUGGUUGCCAAGGCAAAUGCUUCGAAGAUAAAGAUGGCCUUAUCAGUUUUAAUUUUCGGACAGCUGGAGAAGGUUGGAAUUUCAUGGUUCAAGAAAAGAACAGUUAUAAAAAAAUUUGACAAGCUGAUAGAGAGGUGUCUUGUAGAACACAAAGAGAAACCAAACAAGGAUCAAUGUAUGGAUAUGAUGGACGUGUUGUUGGCAGUUUCUGAAGAUCCAAACGCAGAAUACAAGAUCACUAGAAACAACAUCAAGGCGUUUUUGGUGGAGCUUUUUUUGGGAGGCAUUGAUACCUCGGUGAACUCAAUACAGUGGACAAUGGCCGAGAUCAUUAACAACCCUAUUAUUGCUGAUAGAUUGAGAGAAGAAAUUGAUUCCGUUGUAGGGAAGUCAAGGUUAAUUCAAGAAACGGAUCUGCCAAACCUCCCUUACUUGCAAGCGGUCAUCAAGGAAGCCCUAAGAUUGCACCCACCCGUGCCUAUAAUACCAAGGGAAUUCAAUCAAGGAUGUACGGUAGGAGGGUUCUUCGUACCAGGGAAGACAAGACUUCUGGUUAACAUUUUUGCUGUGAUGAGAGAUCCAAAUGUCUGGGAAGACCCUCUUGAGUUCAAGCCAGAGAGGUUUCUAACUUCUUUAAGUUCAGGGCAAGAAGAUGAGAGAAACAAGCAAACAUUGAAGUACCUUCCUUUUGGUGGCGGAAGGAGAGGAUGUCCUGCAUCAAAUCUAGGUUAUAUGAUUGUUGGAACAACAAUAGGAAUGAUGUUGCAGUGCUUUGACUGGAGUAUCAAAGGAGAGAAGGUCAACAUGGAUGGAUGCUUUAAAGAAUUCACAGAAACCAUGGCUUAUCCUCUUACGUUCACUCCCGUUACUCGAAUAUCCACCAUUGACUCGGAAACGUUGCAUACAUAACAGACUUAACAGUGCUAUAGAGUAUAUCUUUAAAAAGUAAGAAAGAGAACUCGCUCUCUAUUGAUUGUUCCAUCUUCUCCACGUACCAUCAGACAUAUAAGCUUUCCCGUUUUAGUA